UUUUACCUAUUCACACCAACAAUCAUGAACGCAGCUAAGAUUUUCAUUUUACUGGCUGUUCUGUAUCAGUCAAACGCCGAAGGAUUAGAAGAAGCUGGCGAUGGAGGCGAUCACCUUGCGCAGGAAAGUGAAAUUGGUCAUUCAUUGCACAGUGAAGGUGAAUCUUUCCAUGAUGGAGGUCUUGAUGUAGGUGGGGGAGAUGAGCAUGAAGGUUUCGGGGACAGGGGAGACUUUCAGCCGGAAGUACAACACUAUCACGUGCCCGUCAAAACUGUGGAAACGUCGAAACCAGUCUACUAUUCGGUUCUAAAAAAGAUCGAAUUCAAAGUACCAAAACCUGAACAGGUCUCUGUUCCCCAUGUGAUCAAAGUACCAGUACCUCAGCCUUACCCUGUUCACAUUAAGGUACCCCACCCCAUUCCAGUUCAUAUUUACAAGCUCGUACCAAAAGAAAUUGAAAAGAGGGUACCUGUAACUGUGGAAAAGAUCGUUCCUAACUAUGUAGAGAAGCCCUUCAAGGUAGAAGUUGAGAAACAUUACCCAAUUGAAGUAAAGAAGCCUUAUCCAGUCAAAAUCCCAGUUUACAAACAUGUCUACCAUCAUACUCCAUCGAAAAAGGGUUGGGACUAAAUGUAUCCCUUUAGAUGUUAAAAGA